UUAAAAAGAAAAUACUUUUUAAUUAUAUACCGAUGGUCCGUCCAGUCCUUAAAGACUAGGAAGUCGGAGCGAGCAAGCACAACAAAUAUCCCGAAAACCGCGGCUGAACUCGACGAGUCACAACUCAGAGCUACUUCCUGCUCUGCUCUGAAUUCCAGCUGUGACCGUCCGUAGCUAAACGCACCCCUUCCCACCUGUUAUUAUUUAUUUAUUUAUUUAUUUAUUUAUUUAUUUAUUUAUUUAUUUUGUUUUCCUCUCAGUGGACUAAUAGGAAAAUACUUCCCCUCAUAAGGCGCGAGUCCAGCGCAAGGCGGAGGUGCUGCUCUCUCUCUCUAGCCUUCUGUUUUAGUUUUUCUCUCUUUUCGGGUUCGGCGACGGCAACAAACGCAGUGAUCGACGAGGCUGUUCGUCCACUAGAAUUCUCCUUUCCGAGGUCUCGAUCGCUCUCCCUUUUCCUGUCAAUGCCUUUGUUCCGAAUUACGGAUUUGCCUUCUCUUUCAUUAUUUGAUGGAGUUUUCCUCGCGAUUUUUUAUUCCCCAUGGCGGACCCGCUAAUCACUCGACUUUCUCUAACUAACUAACUGCUCGCUCUUGUUCUUGUUCUUUUAAAUACUUCUUCUGUAUAGAAUUUUGAGUCGCGGCUGGACUGACUAACUGAUCACCAUCUGUGGCUGCGAUGGAUCUCGACAUGGCGGACUCUGUGUCUUCAACCAAUAAGAAACUCAAACAAAACGACGAUGCUGGUUUGGCGGUGGUUGGCGGUAAUCAUGCUAAGAGUUCAUCGUCUGUUUCGGAUGAUCCAAUCAAUAUUGUCACUUCCAAUUCUGAUAUUUCGUAUCAUAAUGAUGACGAUGAGGAGGAGGAGCUUGCUGAUGACGAUGAGGAGGAGUAUGGUGAUGCUGAUUAUGCUGAGUAUCUGUCUGAUUAUGAUGUCAAUGAUGGCGACAUCUAUGAAGACGAUUAUGUGAAGCUUCAAUCCCAGUUUGAUAAUGUGGAUCUUCCCACUGGGGUGGAAUUAUCUGUUCCUUGGAUAACCAAACCUUCUGAAAAUGUAGUUUCCGUCCCAAGCACUACAGUUACCAAUGCUCAUGCUGAAGUCACAGGGAAAGUGAGCAAUAGUUCUGGCUCUUCUGUUGAUAAAAGUCUGGUGGCAUCCAGUAGUAGUAUUUCUGCAGCACCCAAUGGCGAGGAAAGUUCUUGUAAUAAGGUAGAAGAAAGUGCAGAAAAUAUCAUUGAAAAGCUCAAGAACUUUAAAACAUUUGAUAUGGUGGAAGAUUUCUCGGAUCAUCAUUAUGCUCGCUCAGGAGAGCAGGCGGCGCCAGACAAAAAUUGGGCGAAAAGAAUCCAGGACGAGUGGAAGAUUCUUGAAAACGACUUACCUGAGACUAUAUUUGUCAGAGUUUAUGAAUCAAGAAUGGAGCUUCUGAGAGCUGUCAUUAUAGGGCCGGCUGGUACUCCUUACCACGACGGCCUUUUUGUGUUCGACUGUAUUUUCCCAUCAAACUAUCCAAAUGCUCCGCCUAUGGUAUAUUACUACUCUGGUGGACUCCGCCUGAACCCGAACUUGUAUGAAUGUGGGAAAGUCUGCCUGAGUCUAUUGGGGACUUGGUCUGGGGACCGAAAUGAGAAGUGGAUACCAGGAAGAUCUACCAUGCUUCAAGUUUUGGUGUCCAUACAGGCUCUGAUUCUGAAUGCAAGACCCUUCUUUAAUGAGCCGGGAUAUGAAGCAAACUACACCGGAGAAAUAGGGGUUAAACAGUCCAGGGAGUACAGUGAAAACGUGUUUAUUUUGUCGCUCAAGACGAUGAUGUACAUCCUAAGAAGGCCGCCAAGGUACUUUGAAGAGCUUGUGAAGGGGCAUUUCCAGCAGUGUGCCCAUAACAUUCUGAUAGCAUGCAGAGCUUAUGCAGAAGGAAAUGCACCAGGUACGAUUACUAUCAAAGAUGGGGUGGCAGAUCUUACCCAUGCUGAUAGGGUGGCCUCGGCCAAUUUCAAGGCGCAAGUAAAGAAGUUCAUGAACGUUCUCAUUACAAACUUUUCAAGAUUUGGGAACAUAGACUGUGAGCAGUUUCGAGUAAGUGAUUGAGAGAGAUUGGGAGAAAAUGAAGAGCUUUGUUUAGAGUGAGGUGGGGAGGGACUGCAGUACAAAAGAAAAGGGUGGGUGGGAUGCGGACUAGUUUCAGGUGUGGGUAGAGUGGUGACUUGAGAAAUGAGAAGGUUCAAGUUCUGCACCCAGUUUUAUUUUGGAGGAAUUUGGAGAUAUUCCGUUGUUCUUUAGUUUUUUUUUUUUAAUUGUCGAGUAUCUUUUGUAGUUUUGUUAACUCCAGUGACUGGUUGAUCUAGGGUAGGAUUGUAAAGGAAUCAUAAGAGCACGAUUUCCAGGAUCGAAUGAUAAUAGUAGGCCAGCUUCAGGGGAAAAUCCAUUCAUUUUCUUGUUGAAAUGACGAAUGUUAAGGAUCUCUCGCUUUUGUUGGCAUUUCAUCUUUCAGCUGUAACCUUAGAAAUUAGAAUCGAUCGAGUUUCACAGCUUUUCUUUAGAGCUGCAGAAGUUAAACUAGUUUAGACUUGAAAUUUUUUAUUAUUUAGGAUUAAUCGCCAUAUUUAGAUUCCAAGGUGGCUGAGAGUUUUAAUUGAAUUGUUAUUAUGAUGUAUUCAGUUUGUUUUAAAAUACAUGCAUUUAAUAUGC